CCACUACUUUUGUCAGUUCCCGUCCCUUUUUAAUGAUGUUUGUUAUCCGACGCGUAGGAUUGUUUUCCGUGGUGCGCCUGGGGCUGGCGCGGAAAACGGGCGCUCGGCGGUCCAGUCGGCAUUUCUCUCCCCGCACCUCGAGCUGUGUGGAUCAAGUCUUAUCCGCGCAUCACUGCCGAAGCUCCAGGAGCUUCGCCCGUAGCCGCCAUGCAUCUCAUCCACGGCAACCAGCUUUUUUCUUCUUGUCGUAGCCCUUGCCUCCGUUCUUUGUUUCAGAACCUUCCCUCUCUUGCUCCGCCUCGCUUUCUUCUCCUUUAACAGUGUGAUUGGCGUUAUAUCGUAGCAUUUACACUUUCCAUGAUGGCGGGUUUUGUACAAAAGGGCGUUAAAAACAUUUUGCAAAAGAACCCCCACGAUGUUGUCUUCCUGUCUGCUCUCCGAACGCCUGUCACAAGAGCAAAGAAGGGCGGUUUGAGAGACGCAUACGACCAUGAGCUGCUCGCAGCUGUCCUGAAAGCCACCAUCACCAAGUUUCCCAACCUCGACCCCGCGAAGAUCAAUGAUGUUUGCAUCGGUACCGUCCUGUCCGAACUCGGCGGCUCGAAAGCAGGCCGCAUGGCCGCCAAUCACGUUGGUAUCCCCACCACCACAUCGUUCAGCACAGCGAACCGCGCUUGCGCAUCUGGUCUCACUGCCAUAACCCACAUUGCGAAUGCGAUUGCCGUCGGGCAAAUCGACGUUGGCAUCGGUGGCGGUAUGGAGAGCAUGACACGCAACUACGGCAGCAGGGCUAUCCCCACGGAGCUGUGGAGGGAAAUGAAGGAGUCGCCUGUGAAGGAGGCCAGAGAUUGUAUCAUGGGCAUGGGCAUCACGGCCGAAAACGUGGCGGAGAGGUACGGCGUAAACCGCGCAGACCAGGAUGCGUUUGCGACCGAGUCGCACAAGCGCGCGGCAAAGGCGAGGGAGUCGGGCCUCUUCGACAAAGAGAUUGUGCCUGUCACCACGAGGUGGAUUGAUCCCGAGGUCCCGGAGAGCGAGAAGGAGAUUACGGUCACCCAGGACGACGGAAUCCGGCCCACAACGACGGUAGAGAAGCUGGGCGCGAUGAAGCCAGCAUUCAAGAGCGACGGUACUAGCACCGCAGGAAACAGCAGUCAGGUAUCUGACGGCGCUUCUGCCGCGCUGAUGAUGCGCCGCUCGACUGCGGCUGAGCUUGGAUUGACAUCGCACAUCAUUGGCAAGUUCGCUGGCUCGCAGGUGGUUGGGUGCUCGCCGGACGAGAUGGGAGUUGGACCUGCGCUGGCAAUUCCGGCGUUGCUGGAGUACACGGGAGUCAAGAAGGAUGAGGUGGAUAUCUGGGAGAUCAACGAGGCGUUUGCCAGCCAGGCGUUGUACUGCAUACGGAAACUGGGGCUGGAAAAUAACAUGGAUAAGAUAAAUCCCAAUGGAGGAGCCAUUGCGUUAGGACAUCCGCUGGGUGCGACCAGCGGCAGGAUGCUGGCUACUUUGUUGCAUGAGAUGGCGAGGACAGAUAAGCAGGUUGGCGUGCUUAGCAAGUGCAUUGGAACAGGAAUGGGCAUGGCAAGUUUGAUCAUUCGGGAGUAAGACUAGCAGUAUCUGUAAACAAUAGAACGUAGAGGUCUUGAGCUUCCCAUACUUUGCAAGUGGUCAACACACGAGCUCUUCACUAUGCCAG